AUGAUCAGAGAAUACAACAGAGAUGACUAUGACAUUAUCGAAACCAUUGGAGAAGGUACAUUCAGUGUGGUAUUUUUAGCCAAAGACGCUAACACUGGCGACACCGUUGCCAUUAAAGCGCCAAACGGAAUACUCGGACAACAACGCAUACAGAGAGAAAUUAACAUAUUGUCAUCAAUCAAUCAUGAGAAUGUAUAUUUCUUUCAUUUAUUGCAUGCUCACAGGCUAUGGUUUGCGUAUAAAGCUCAAGAGGGCAUACACAUAAUUCACUCACAGAUUAUUAAUCUUUUAGCAUUCAAAGAAUCCUCAGCAAUAGCAUACCGACUGCGAUUGAUACUACCCUACUGUCCUUUUACGAUAAAGAGACUGCUCAAAGACUAUGAACUGACAACGUUACACGCAAAGGCAUCGAUGGUUAUGAUUCUCCGUGGCGUGGCCUAUCUUCAUGACCAAGGCAUUAUACAUCGCGACUUGUCGCCAAACAAUAUAUUGGUUGACCGUUCGGGAACUAUCAAAAUUGCUGAUUUGGGUUGUGCUUGGACAGAAGAGGAUGACAAAGGUAAAGAAGAAGGAGCAGAAAAGAGAGGAAAGAUGAAUCAUGAAGUCGGCACAAGAGCGCCCGAGAUUCUCUUUUCUUCACCGAAUUACACAGAAUCCAUAGAUAUUUGGUCUACUGCGUGCAUUAUCGCAGAAUUUUUCACACAGCCACCAGGAACACCGUUGUUUUGUGGCGAAAGUGAUAUUGACCAGAUCUGUCGUAUAUUCAGAGUACUCAAUGUCCCCGAUGACUUAACUUGGCCAGAAUUCAGGUAUCUUCCUGACUAUGGGAAAAUAACUUUCGAAAUAGACCACAGUGAAGGAUUAUCGCGCCAGGAACUUCCAAACGCGACAGAUGAUGCACUAGAUUUCAUUAAACAGCUUUUGGUGCUUCGGCCAAUCGAGAGGCUGCCUGCGAAACAGGCUUUGCAGAGUCCAUACCUGUCAGAACUGUCAGCUGUUUCUGCCAUAAAUAUGUCUGAAUUGAAGAGGCGCAUUCCUGAAAGUCUUUGCAGAUUAUUUUUCAGUUGA